UACAUGAAGGAAAGUGUAAGCCUGUCUGGUAACUAUGCAAUUCAAGAGACAGUGUCCUGUUCUGUUUGGCACUCACUUCUCCUAUGUGAUUAGUCUGUGAGUCAGUCGUGAUUUACUCUCACCUGAUUUUAACACUGAGUUAGCACUUAAAUGCACUGCAGAGGUCACCAAAAUUGACAGCGGUGAAGUGUGCUGUGUAAUGAUAUCCGUUACGGGAGCUAUGUUUACGAGGAUAUGAAAUCAGCCGUCCUCUGACACAGGUAUUUUCGCCUUCGACUCAGCCAGGUAGUAGUACAGUAAUACCCUUGUGUAUGUGCACUUUGCCAAGAGGGAGGUAAGUAGAGUGGCUGAGAGUGCAGAAAGAGAAAGAAAGAGGGAGGGAGAGGGUGUGGAGGUCGCUGAAGGAGAGUGGGCAUGUUGACAGAAAGGAAGUAAAAGGGAAGUAGGGAGUUGAGCUCUGAGGAUAUUCUUGUAGACCUGGUCAAACUGGCUGGAUAAGUACACAGUUAUAUGCACCAAGGAGAAAGCAAGAGAAACUGAAUGGACAAAGCAAUGAAGAUUGAGAUAGGAAAGGGGCAGCAAACACAGAAAGGACCAUCACUCAAUUCACUUCAAUAAAUGACCUGACAGCCAACCUUUCCAGAUAGUAUUCCAUGAUGUCAGAUAUCUCGCAAUAUUUGGUCAAUCACCUGGUGACGUUCUCCCUGCAGGGCGGGGAGGUGCGGAGUGUGGAGGAGGCCCUCUCUCGCCUCUCCCACCUGGGACGCACUGGCCGCCUCUGGAGUCAGGAAAUGCUGGUGGAGGUCAGCACGAAUGCCGUGAGGCUGAGGGAUGCGCAGAACCAGGACGAGUUGGAGGCAUUUCACGUGUCCGCCAUUCAUCGCUGCGACGCCAUACGCACCGAGGAAGAGUUCCCACCCCUCCUCCUACUUGUCUGCCAAAACCAGCGGCAGAAAAAACCUGACAUUCACUUUUUCAGCUGUGAGACAGUGGGGGUAGAGCUUAUCCGAGAUGACAUCAUCCUCACUGUGACCGAUUACACGGCAAAGACCAGCCGGCGUCUCGAGGCUUUGAGGGCUAGCCAGGCUCAAAGGCAGCAGACACAAACCUAUCCUGCAGCAGUCAGAAUGCUGGCACCCCCGGGCAUCCCCGAUCCUCCCCUGGCUCAUGCCCCCAACGCUCCCCCACCCAACCCCCCACCCUACCCUGGACCCAGAGAUCGAUUAAUGCUGAUCCCUGCCUCCUUACCAGUGAAUGGAUCAGGCACUCAGAAGGCAGACAUGUCUCUCCAAAGGGCAGCAAGAGAAGUGGAGAUCCUGAACCACUGCUUCGACGACAUCGAGCUCUUCAUGGGGAAGUUACAGAAGUCAGCCGAGGCGCACAGCGUGCUGAGCCAAAGGAACAAGAAGAAGAAGAGCCGCAAAAAAGACGCGGAAGAUGACUUGCUGACUGUGCGGGCCCGCCCUCCUGCAGAAAAUGAAUUUAUUGACAUCUUCCAGAAAUUCAAAUACUGCUUCAGUCUACUGGCCCGGUUGAAGUCAUGCAUUACAAACCCCACGUCAGAGGAGCUGGUACACCACGUCUUCAGUCCCCUGGAGAUGAUCGUGAGGACCACUGGGGGGCCCGUGCUGGGGGCCUCAGUGUCCAGCCCGGCAAUGACCAGUGGAGGGGUGUCACUGCUGCAGGACAGCCUGACGGAGGAGGAGAGGCAGCUGUGGACAGCACUGGGACCCAACUGGACCCUGCCCCGUUCUCAGCUCAGAGGACCAGUCCCCCCCUAUACGCCUGUUUUCAUGGAUGGGUGGAAGCCUGAGGCCCUCGACCCCAACGGACAGGCUUGGGAGGACCCCAUAGAGUCGCAACACAGACACGAAGCUCUAAGAGAAAAACAAGAGAUGACCCUUAGUUACCCGGCUGGACCCAUGAAGUCUCAAGCCUACGCCAGUGAUGAAUGGGAGAGUGCCGUCCUUCCCCCUGAGGGCGAGAGACAGUUCCGCUGCAGCUACGACUUUGUGGCCCGAAACAGCAGUGAGCUCUCUGUGCUACAGGGAGAGAAACUGGAGGUCAUUGAGUCAUCAAAGCGCUGGUGGAAGUGUCGCAACCGUUUCAACCAGAUCGGCUUUGUGCCUUUCAACAUCCUGGAAUCCCUGUCAGCUCUGAGUGAAACUCAGCCAGAGAGCCCUGCCACACACCAGAUAACAAAGCCUCCACCCUCCCUGCACACAAACACAGCCUCAUCUACUCCUCCACCCCCUCCACCUCUGACCCUCGACCCUUCAACCCUACGCCCCCGGAGCAUGGUUUUGCCCACCCAGCACCACCCGCCCGUGGCAGACACAGACAAAGUGAUGACCAUAAAUGACGAGCUAUUACAGAGGCUGACGAACGGGAAGGCGGGCAUCGCUCGGCCCCUGGUCAUCCCUCGUUCCUCAGACACCUCCGUCCCCUUGGACUACCACUCCCCACCUUCAGAAGUGAUGCAGUGGCUACGAGGAAAGGGCUUCAGUGAGCCGACAGUGCAGUGUCUAGGAGUACUUACUGGAGCUCAGCUUUUCUCCCUGAACAAGGAGGAGCUGCGGGCGGUCACACCAGAUGAGGGCGCCAGAGUCUACAGCCAGAUCAUGGUACACAAGACGAUGCUGGAGGAUGCCCACAGGGCCACAGAGCUGGAGGCAGUGAUGGAGAAACAGAAGAUGAAGGUGGACCUAAAACUGGAGAGCAGCCUACUGUGACGGACACAUUCACCAACUGAUCACCGCAAACACCGGCAGUGAUCCCAGCAGAGCAAGACACGAGAGACACAAUGCUCACUACAUAGAGCCACAGUGAACUAACACAGGCCAACAGUGAUGAACCAAUAAACUGGUCUACUCACAGUAAUACACACCAGAGACAAAGGUCUCUGCACAUUCCACAAGGACUCUGUAUGAAUCACUUCACGUGAUUGCAAUGACCCACAUUGGUCCACAGCCACAGACCACUACGCAUGCAAUUAAUAAUGCAGCAAUGUGGAUUUUGACAUGGCACCAACAGACUUGCAUAUCAACUGAAAAGAACCACACCAAAACCACCAGACCAGCCUUUCUUACUUAUGCUACCAUAAUGAUAGAAGCGGUUUUUGAAUAACCACUUGGUUGAAAAUGUGUUAUGAACCUUUUGGAACUUUCCGGCAAAAGCAAGAACCUCCAUUUCUGUCCAGUGCAGAGUACAUCAUGACACUGCCAUCUCAGCACGAGGCGGUGCAGUUGAACGGUUCAGGUUCUACGUACUCGCAGAUGACCAAGGCCUGCGGUCCCCAAUCUUAUCCGAAAAUGGUUACAAAACAUUGGUGCGGGUGCAGUUUUUUUUUCUUAGCACAGCACUACCACACCAACCAACUAACUAUUCAUGGUCUUCUAUCAAGACCGUGCCAAGCAAAAUCGGGUGUCUUAGUGCAGGGCACAAACAAAAACCUGAAGCCAUACCAGCCCUUUUGGGAUAAGAAAAGGAAAAGGAUGGAUGGCUGGAUGGAUGGAUGGAUGGAAUUCAAUGUACGGAUUAUAAAAAGAAAUAAACAUAUGUGCAAGAAUA